AAAAACAGAAAAGAGGAAAUUUCCGGGAAGUUGCGCAAGUGGACCCAACUUAAGCAAAAACAACAACACAUACAUAGUCGCCACCUAUUUAUUCAGAACCUGACACAACACACACAGAUGUAAUGACAUUCAAACGUAUUAAGCUAUGGGAAGUAUCGCCGAGCCAUGGGGAAUCUCGGAGAGCGAAAACGCAAACGGGACACCAAAGGGUUUGAGCAGGGAGCUGCGACAUGGGAAAACGGCCCACAACAUGUCGUCAUCGUCGCUAAGGAAGAAGUCAGACCUGCGAUUGAUUCAGAAGGUUCCAUGCAAAAGUCUCAAGAACGUUCUCUCUAAUCUCCAAGAAGUCAUUCUUGGUACUAAACUCGCUGUCUUGUUUCUCGCGAUCCCUCUCGCCGUUAUCGCCGAUUAUUACCACUACGGUCGCCCGUUGAUAUUUGGACUGAGCUUGACAGGACUGACACCUCUUGCUGAGCGAGUUAGCUUUUUGACAGGGCAACUAGCUUUCUACACCGGCCCAACAGUGGGCGGUUUGUUGAACGCCACUUGUGGAAACGCGACGGAGCUAAUAAUAGCGAUACUAGCGUUGGCCAAUAACAAAGUGGCAGUGGUUAAAUACUCUCUGUUGGGUUCAAUUCUCUCAAACCUUCUCCUAGUUCUCGGCUCUUCCCUCUUCUGUGGUGGAAUUGCCAAUAUCCGCCGCGAGCAGCGGUUCGACCGGAAACAAGCUGAUGUGAACUUCUUCUUGCUGCUUAUGGGUUUGCUAUGUCAUUUACUCCCAUUGCUGCUAAAAUAUGCAGCGACCGGAGAAGCAUCGGCCUCGCUGAUCAACAAAAUGUCUCUUAGCCUGUCCAGGACAAGCAGCAUCGUCAUGCUUAUUGCUUACAUUGCUUACCUCAUCUUCCAGCUCUGGACUCACCGCCAAUUGUUUGAAGCACAAGAGGAUGACGAGGAUGAUACGUAUAAUGAUGAAGUGACUGUUGAGGAAAAUCCGGUGAUAGGGUUUUGGAGCGGAUUUGCUUGGCUCGCUGGGAUGACACUCGUCAUCGCAUUGCUAUCAGAGUAUGUUGUGGCCACGAUCGAGGAUGCAUCGGACUCAUGGGGACUAUCAGUGAGUUUCAUAAGCAUCAUAUUGCUUCCCAUUGUUGGAAAUGCCGCUGAGCAUGCUGGAGCCAUCAUCUUCGCUUUCAAAAACAAGCUCGACAUAUCUCUAGGGGUCGCGUUGGGCUCUGCAACUCAGAUUUCUUUGUUUGUGGUCCCUUUGAGUGUUAUCGUUGCAUGGAUCAUGGGAAUCAAGAUGGAUCUCAACUUCAACAUCCUUGAAACAAGCUGUCUAGCCCUGGCAAUUAUCAUCACAGCCUUCACUUUACAGGAUGGAACAUCUCAUUACAUGAAGGGACUUGUUCUAAUGUUGUGCUAUGUCAUCAUCGCCGCAUGUUUCUUCGUCGACCAAAUUCCUCAACCAAAAGGUACCGGCCUGGGGAUGCAACCCAAGAACAGUGUGGGGGGAGGAUUUGUCUCUGCUUAGAAUAUAUAAGAGAAAUCAUCAAAUGACUUGGGAAAAAAAAAUGAUUUGAUUGAUUUGUCAGACAAAAUGGAAGAGACUUGUUAGAGAGAUUCCUCAGCAUGAAUGAGCUAGUGAGUGAGGUAGCUUGGUGAAAACAGGUUUCUUUGAUGUUUUAUAAGAGGGUUACAUUUGUUUCUAUUUGUUUGUUGGGAUUUUAUGUUUAAUCCUGUAUAUUAUAAAAACUAUAUAUAAAAGAGCUUAGCUGGUUA